AUGCUGCCAGAUCGACUCCUUUCUACGACGACCAACAACAAAGGCACCAAAAAAUCCAAGGACAGGAUAACAAUUGUGUUGUGUGCCAAUGCCGAUGGUUCUGACAAGUUUAAACCACUCGUGAUAGGAAAAUCUGCAAAGCCGAGGUGUUUUAAGAACUUUAAUAUAAAUUUGUAUGUGGACUACGAGGCUAACAAAAAGGCUUGGAUGAACGGGGACCUGUUUGCACGUUACUUGGAAAACAUGAACACCCAGAUGAAGCGCCAGAAAAGACACAUUCUGCUUCUCAUGGACAACGCGCCUAGCCACAUCAUUCCAAAGAAACUUUCUAACAUAAGAAUUAAUUUCCUGCCACCAACCACAACAAGCCAUCUUCAGCCACUCGAUGCUGGCAUUAUUCAAGCAUUCAAGGGACAGUAUAUAAAGAUGCAACUUCAACGACUUGUGCAGUGCAUUGACGACAACAAAACGGGAAAAGAGUUCCAGUUGCCACUCUGUGAUGGGAUUCGCUUUGUCAAACAAACAUGGGAUAUUGUUAGUGCAACGACGAUAAAAAAUUGUUGGAUCCACGCAGGGAUCAUUCCACGAGAGCCUCACGAUAAGUUACGCUGGACAGCACAUGAACUGACACCUUUGCGGGACCUCGUUGGUGACGUCACACACAGACUUGCCAUUGAAAAAGAGUUGAGAAUGGGUGUUGAUGAAUUUCUUAAUGUUGACAAAGAAACCGAGACAUUCGCCAAUCUUACUGAUGAUCAAAUUGUGCAAAGUGUGAGGAAACCUGAUGAAAAGUGUGUCGACCAGGAAGAUGAUUCUGACCCUGAACCGGAAGAAGUUCCCUCAGCGGCAUGUGCGCGAGACGCGAUCAAAACAGUUCUUCGGUUUAUAGAAGUUUGUUCCCAACUGUCAGAUAUAAUCAUAAAAUAUCUUCUGUUGGCUGGCUGUGUCUUUGGGGUGAUACAAAGAAUGUCAUCCAUGGGUUACCAACUAAAGUUGGCCAUAGGAAUCUAG